AUGAGUUUAUUAAACUUCAAUCCUGCUGUGAGGAGUGAAAUAACUACUCCUCGGUCAAAAAAAGUAUUGGCUACUCUGGGUUUGGUUGUUCAAGAUCUCUACUAUCCUACAAGAGAAGAGAUCCUACAAUAGGGAGUCUAAUUUGAAGAUGUAGACUAUUACGUAGAAGCCAAAUUGUAGCAUAUGAGUGAAAGAGUGGAUCGAUUUUUAGAUCUAGUCAGAUAAGAAUACAAUAAUAAUUCUGAAGAACAUGAACGAAAUUCUCAAUCUAGUCAAUUGUAAUUGAGUCAGUCUUUUAUGUAAAAGUAAGAACAGAUACUUAGAACGUUGCAAAACAAAUAGAAAAUCGAAAUUGAAAGAGAAAUAUAAACUGAAAUGAAGAUCGAAGAAAUGAAAAGGAAGAAUCAAUUUAAGGAAAAACGCAUAGAAGAGUUAAGAAAAAUGUAGGAGGAAGAGUUUCAUCAAAGAAUGCAAGAGAAGGAGGCGAAACUCAAAUUGAGAGAACAGAAACUCAAAUAGUCUAAAUUACAAGCAGAUAUGCAAAAUGAAACUAUCAUGCGUAAGUUCUAAGAGGAGGAACUUAAGAUCCAAUAAAAACAAGCUAAAUAUGCCUUGUUAAAACAAAUGGAGAGGGAGGAAAGGGAAAGAGUUAUUAUGGAAAAAAUGAAUAGGAGAGCCCAAAGAAUGGCAGAACAAGAAUAAUAAGUGCAGCAUGAAAACUAGAUUAGAUAAUAGGAAUACAAUAAGAAAUUGUAAAAUAUGGAACAAAUGCUGUUUGAGAAGUAGUAGUACAUAAAAUAAUAAAAUUAAUUAAAAGAGGAAAGAGCUAGAGAAAAAUAUUAGAAUGCUACAGCUUUAAAAUAAUUAGAGACCUAUUAAAUUGAACAACGAAUCCAUUCCAAAGAAAAGGAUAUCCAAAUGAGAAGUACGAUGCAAGAAUUCAACAGACAAUAAUUGCUAUAGCAAAAGAGAAAUCAGGAAUAGCAAAAACAAUAUAUGAUGGAAUAAAAGAAAUUCACAAUUAGUCAAGAAUAAAAUAAAAGAAAUCAAGAGUAUUUUAGUUAGGAGAAGGAGAGGGAGUUGAAGAAAUCAAUGUUGGAUGAGCAAAGGAAAUAGAAGAGAGAAGAGUGUAGUCUCGUUUUACAAUCCCAUAUGGAGGAAGUUUAAAUGAAAUAAAGAUACCUAGAUAAAUAAACUGAAUUGGAGAACCAAAGAAUUAUGGCUUAAAAAUAAUAAUAAUUUUUAAAUGCUGAAGAAUUGAGAUAACGAAACAUCUAAAAUAUGAAGAGGAAAUAUGUUUAAGAAUUACUAAAAUUGGAAGAUGCCUCAUAGAAUUAUUAAAUUCAAAAGAGAAAAGAAUAAUACAAAAAUGCCACUUUAUUAGAAAGAUUCGAAGAAACCGAUAGAAGAUUAAAAUAACAAUAGAGUGAAUAUUAAAAAUUACAGGAUACUAAAAAAUAGAUGGAAAUUCAAAUCCAAAAUGAAAAGUUGAGAAUUUUAGCAGAAUUUGAUAAAAAGAAAAAGCAAUUAGGUGAAGAAAGAAGUAGUCAGCAGGUUAGCUAAAUAGUAAAGCCAAAUCCAACCGAAAGAAUAUUAAUCAACAAACCUAUUAAAACUAAAAGUGCAACCAGUUUUCAUUUACCUCCAGCUAAAGAAUAAAAAGAUCAAAAAUUGAAUUCAGAAAUUAGAUCUACCAAUAACAAAAGUAAAAGAACUUUAGAAGAAAAAUCUAUGUCUACUACCUCUUAAAAGAAAAGACACUACUUUAUUUCUGAAGAUACUAUGAAGGCUGUCUCUUUAUAUGCAAAUGGAGAAAUCCUAAAACAAUUUUAGAUUGAAAUACGUCCAAAUAAAAAGAAGAGAUGA